AGUAUCUCGCAGUUUAAAAUGGCGGCGUUGAGUAGCGCCGAGUCCCCACAGCCAGUCUUCAACGGAGACGCCAUGGACCGGGACCUGGACCGGGAGCGGGGGCUGACCGAACUGGGGAUGGGGCUUGAAUCCAUUGGCUCUGGGGGGAUCCCUGGGGGAAACCAGGACAUCCCGGAGGAGGUGUGGAAUAUCAAGCAGAUGAUUAAACUGACGCAGGAACAUAUAGAAGCUCUGCUGGAUAAGUUCGGGGGCGAACACAACCCUCCAUCAAUAUACCUUGAGGCUUAUGAGGAGUACACAAGUAAGCUUGAUGCCCUGCAGCAGCGUGAGCAGCAGCUAUUGGAGUCCAUGGGAAAUGGCACAGAUUUCCCCAGCCCCACCCUGGCCCCCACCCUCAUCGAUGCUAAGCUAGCAGGGGCGGCAUGCUUCCCUGUGGCACACAACACCCUCGCUGUCCUGCAGACCCCCUCCGAUGGAGCCUGGAAUAACCCCAAAUCACCCCAGAAACCUAUAGUCCGCGUCUUUUUGCCCAACAAGCAGAGAACAGUGGUCCCAGCGCGCUGCGGGAUGACAGUACGGGACUCUAUCAAGAAAGCCUUGAUGAUGAGGGGUCUCAUUCCCGAGUGCUGUGCAGUCUACAGAAAACCAGAGGGAGAGAAGAAGCCGAUUGGUUGGGACACAGAUAUUUCCUGGUUGACGGGGGAGGAGCUACAUGUGGAGGUGUUAGAAAAUGUGCCACUAACAACCCACAACUUUGUGCGAAAGACCUUUUUCACUCUGGCUUUCUGUGACUUCUGCCGAAAGCUUCUAUUCCAAGGGUUCCGCUGCCAGACAUGCGGCUACAAGUUCCACCAGCGCUGCAGCACAGAGGUGCCACUCAUGUGUGUCAACUACGACCAACUAGACUUGCUGCUGGUUUCCAAAUUUUUCGAACACCACCCCAUCACACAAGAGGAGGUUUGCUCAGAAAGGACCACACCAGUGUCUGAAGUCUGUCCGUCUCCCCCUCCCUCCGACUGCAGCGGGUCUUUGUGCAACCCCACAACUUCACCUUCGAAGUCCAUCCCCAUUCCUCAGUCAUUCCGGCCAGGAGAUGAAGACCACCGGAACCAGUUUGGACAGAGAGACCGGUCAUCAUCCGCUCCCAACGUCCACAUCAACACCAUUGAACCGGUCAAUAUUGAUGAUUUGAUUCGAGACCAAGGGUUACAGAGGCCUGAUGGAGCCCCUCAGACCCAACCAGCUCGCUGCUUGAGGAAGUUUCGACCCCGGACCACAAGCCCCAUCCUAUACUCCUACCCCAAUGACAUUGUCUUUGAUUUUGAACCUGGUCCUGUAUUUCGAGGCUCAACAACAGGUCUCUCAGCUACACCCCCAGCCUCUCUCCCAGGCUCUUUGACGAAUGUGAAAGCAUUGCAGAAAUCACCUGGCCAGCAAAGGGAACGCAAGUCCUCCUCUUCCUCUUCUGAGGACCGCAAUAAAAUGAAAACCCUCGGUCGGCGGGAUUCCAGCGAUGACUGGGAGAUCCCCGAAGGACAAAUCUCUUUGGGUCAAAGGAUCGGCUCGGGAUCCUUUGGAACUGUCUACAAGGGGAAGUGGCAUGGUGAUGUUGCCGUGAAGAUGUUGAAUGUUACUGCUCCCACGCCUCAGCAGUUGCAGGCUUUUAAAAAUGAAGUUGGAGUACUAAGAAAAACGCGGCACGUCAACAUCCUGCUCUUCAUGGGCUACACCACCAAGCCCCAGCUGGCUAUUGUAACACAAUGGUGUGAGGGCUCCAGCCUCUACCACCACCUCCACAUCAUUGAGACCAAGUUUGAGAUGAUUAAACUCAUUGACAUUGCACGGCAGACAGCACAAGGAAUGGACUAUUUGCACGCAAAAUCCAUCAUCCACAGAGACCUCAAGAGUAACAAUAUUUUCCUACAUGAAGACCUGACUGUGAAGAUUGGUGAUUUUGGGCUGGCGACUGUGAAAUCGCGGUGGAGUGGUUCUCACCAGUUCGAGCAGCUUUCUGGAUCUAUCCUUUGGAUGGCACCAGAAGUGAUCCGCAUGCAGGAUAAGAAUCCAUACAGCUUUCAGUCUGAUGUGUAUGCCUUCGGUAUCGUGCUGUAUGAGUUAAUGUCGGGACAGCUCCCCUACUCCAACAUCAACAAUCGGGAUCAGAUCAUUUUCAUGGUAGGACGGGGGUACCUGUCCGCAGACCUGAGUAAAGUGCGCAGUAACUGUCCCAAGGCAAUGAAGAGACUAAUGGCAGACUGCUUAAAGAAAAAACGAGAGGAGAGGCCACUGUUUCCACAGCUACUGGCCUCCAUAGAACUGCUGGCUCGCUCCUUACCCAAAAUCCAUCGUAGCGCAUCUGAGCCGUCACUGAACCGGGCUGGGUUCCAAACAGAGGACUUCAGCCUGUAUGCCUGCGCCUCCCCCAAAACACCCAUUCAGGGAGGGGGCUAUGGAGAGUUUGCAGCCUUUAAGUAGCAGAGCAGAUUCCACCAGUACAUCCCUCGUCACUUUUUAAAGUCUUGUGAUCCUACAGUGGGUUCAUCCAUUUAAAAUUAAUUCCAAGAAUGUGCCGUUCGCUUCCUCUCGACCUGAAGAGGAACCCUGCUGGAACGGCAAACAAGAACAAAAAAACUUUCUGAAGAGAAAUCACAAUUUAAAAACAAAAAAGAAAUAAAAUGAAAUUAAAAAACAGAAAACAAAAAACAAUCAAACAAGUGAAUCGUUGGAAGAAGCCUGGUUGGAGCCAGACGUAUGCACUUGCAGGUUUCCCUUCAGAAAAUCUGAAAAAAAUGGUGGAGUGACAGGCAUAGAAGGAAGGAAAGAAAGACGGAAAGGUGUUCGGACCACAGCUGUUUGAGAGGAGCUGCCUCCCUUUUGGGUGUGCUUGGUGAUGAAGCAGAGUCUUGUUCUUAGAUCUGCAGUUUGCCAUUUGGCAGCGGUAGAAGAUGGAGCAAAACACUGGCUGCUGAAUGGACGGAAUAGGUCGACAGGCCUGCAUUGUAUCCAAUCCCUGCGUUGGUUGUUCGCAGAGUAGGGAUCUGUUUUCAAGAAUGAUUUCUUUGGGGAUGGGGGUGAUGAGGGGUGUUGGUUUGCUUGUCUUUGAUUUGUUUUGAGGAGAGAUGAUCCCUUUUUCACUUGAGAAAGUAAAUUCCUGAAUCCUGUAAGAGGGAAAAUAAAAUAAUAAUCCCAGUCCAUUCCACAAUAGUUACAUUUGAGUAAUAGAAUUAGCAAGUUCUCAAGUUUUACCCUGUGCUAGGCAAGCACACUAUGGAUCAUUUCCAGACUUUUGACCUCCUUUUUAGGCCCUCCUAAGAAGUGGGCUAUCACCUCCUCCCGUCCAACCUAUUUUCAAAUGGGCUUGUGCCGCCAUCCUUUACCCACAUUGGCAUAUGCCCUGGAAGUGAACCGAGAAAGCUACCAUCCAUUGGUGGUGGUUGUACUUUUUUGUUUUUGUUUGUUAUUUUUAAAUAUGUGGCUAAUUUAACAUUCC